AUGGGUGAGUCGCAGCGCAUCUUGAACUCCAAAAGCUUGCUCAAUGUCCUCGGUGGCUUCCACCAGCGUUUUCGCUGUAAGAUGGUUAACCUUGUUGCUAACACGAUCACACUUUCGUCCCAUCUGUAGCUGUCGGCAAGAACAAGAAGUGCGUUGUGCUACAAUUGUGUUGACCGGUACGAGUGGUGGAUUAGGAAUCGCUGCGGUGGUAAAAUGCAGGAGAAUAGGCGAACACCUUGUUUUGCGAGGAGACAGAGCAUGGACGAGGGAGGGGGAAGGCACCAUCAUUUUGCCAAGCGCUUUUGGAGGAGCAUGUAGCAGAGCUUUGGGCAGCGCCAAUUAUACAAGAAUCAAGCGGUGAGAUGCUGAUACGCUGUGCCUUCGUCCUCGUCUCAAACAGACUUUCCAAGCGCGGUGGUAUCAAGAAGAAGACGGUGGACCCCUUCACCCGUAAGGAGUGGUACAACCUCCGUGCCCCUCUCUUCUUCUCCCAACGUGACCUUGGCCGAACCCCAGUCAACCGAUCUCAGGGUCUGAGUGAGUGUUCGCCACAUCGGCUUUUGGAGAGCGAGAAGGGGUGCAUCGCCGGGGCUCGGCGGCGGAACGUUCAGUGGAGCGCGUUGCGAUGGGAUCGACGGAUGGAACCACGCAUCUCGCCACGAGGCGAAGGACCGCGUGUCAUGGAAUCAGUAUCUGCGCAGUGACAGAUGGAUGUACGCCUGGUCAAGGGACGAUAAAGGCAGCUUCAUGCGGAGCGGAGGGCUGGCCGUACACCAAGCUCGGGUCACAGGCUGACCGCGACUCUUUCUUCACCAUGCAGAGAACGCCAACGAUGCUCUCAAGGGACGUGUCAUUGAGGCUUCCCUUGCAGACUUGAACAAAGACGAUGAGCAGACUUUCCGCAAAUUCAAGCUGCGUGUUGAAGAGGUUCAGGGCCGCACCUGUCUCACCAACUUCUACGGCAUGGACUUCACUUCCGACAAGAUCCGUAGUCUUGUUCGCAAGUGGCAGAGCCUCAUCGAGGCCCACCAGGACGUCAAGACCACCGACGGCUACCUUCUCCGUGUUUUCGUCUUCGCUACCACCAGGAAGCGCGCAAACCAGGUCCGCAAGACCGCGUACGCCCAAUCUUCUCAGAUCAGGCAAAUCCGUCACAAGAUGUUCGACAUCGUCAACCGCGAGGCAUCAGGCUGCGACAUCAAGGAGCUGAUUGCCAAGCUCAUUCCCGAGGUCAUUGGCCGAGAGAUCGAGAAGGCCUGCCAAGGCAUCUACCCCUUGCAGAACGUCUACGUUCGCAAGGUCAAGGUGCUCAAGGCUCCCAAGUUCGACCUCAACAGACUCUACGAGCUUCACGGAUCAUCCUCUAACGAUGACACCGGCUCAAAGAUCAAGUCGUCCGGAGAGUUCAAGGAAGGACCUGCGCUCACCAGUGUUUGA